AUGACUGUUGCAACGGUUACGACGGUAACGACGAAAACGGCGGAGACGGCAGUGACGGAAGAGACGGCAGUGACGGAAGAGACGGCGGUGACGGAAGAGACGGCGGGUACAGCAGUGACGGCAGAGACGGCGGGUACGGCAGACAGCUGGAACGGCGGGGAUGAAAGAUGCUACCAGAUGUGA